CUGCCGGAAGUGAAUUGCCAAAUGACUGUCCUAUUGGAUUCAUAUGGCAACCCUGUUGGCUUUGACAAGUGAAUUUCAUACAAAAGCACUUUGAGGUUAUAUUUAUUGUUAAAUUUGCGUCGCUUUGCUUCUGCCGGAGCGGUUUCUACUUAUUUCCUUUUAGAUUACCCGGAAACAUGGCAGCCGAAGAGGAACAAAUUCAAAUAAUCCCCGUCAAGGAGCCUCUUGACCUCAUCAGACUCAGCUUGGAUGAAAAGAUUUACGUAAAAAUGCGGAAUGAACGAGAACUUCGGGGAAGGCUGCAUGCUUUCGAUCAGCAUUUAAAUAUGGUCCUGGGCGACGCUGAAGAGACAGUAACUACUGUAGAAAUCGACGAGGAAACGUACGAAGAAGUCUAUAAAACUACCAAGCGAACUAUUCCGAUGCUUUUCGUACGAGGCGACGGUGUUAUUCUAGUUUCGCCACCGAUGAGAGUCGGUUAAAAGUUGUAAAUGACAUUUUGAAUUAAUUUAAAUGAAUAAACUAUUGGAUAGAAGCCUUCAA